AUGAUUUAUAAACUCGAGAGGUUCGACCGCAGUGAGGUUACCGAACCCAUGCUGAAGCAAGCUGCGGUCCUCUUCAAUGAACACUACGGAGUCUGGGGGAGCGAUCCGACGAAGCUUCAGGCAUUGCCCAAACCAGGCAGCAGGGUCAAGAUGAGCCCCCAGCGGCUUCGAGCCCAGUGCCUUCCCGACGGCGUCGAUUGCCUCUACGUAAAGGCCACGGUCGACGGUGAAGUCGCAGGAAAUGUAUUCGCCUGUCGCUGGAAGGUACAAGAGAAAGUCGUAUGCUGGGUCACUCAGCUCGUUGUGCACACCAAAUUUCGAGGACGAAGCCUCGCGGUCAGCCUGGUCAACUUUCUGAGGCAACCUGAUGAUAAUAUCUACGGUAUCAUGAGCUCACACCCUCUUGCAUGUCUCGCAGCUGCGAAAGCCUUUAGAAGUGGCAUCAAUUCGCUCUCCUCCGAAUUCAUUCGCGACCACGCAUCCAAUGUCAUGAAGCUGUCGCCAGUCGACUACAUCCAAACAGCCAGACUUCGGGGCAGUCUGUUCGAUGAACGCGACUCCACUGGCGCUGUGUCUUCAGUAUUCACCAAUUUCUUUGUUGACCAUGCAGAACCACUCCGGGCAUUGGAUUUGGUUCGAAAGAAUCUACAUUGGCCUCUGGGAGAGCUGCUUGAAGGACACGAGUUUCUCCUCAUGAUCGAGGCGCGGGCUAGGUAG